CAGUAAUUUUUGCUACUGUUUCUUAGACGGUAACAACAUUCAAGUUUUACGCUUAAUAGUGUAGUUCUAAAAGAGAUAAAUUACAGUUAUAACUACUAACAAUAUAGCAAUAUACUUAUAUAUAAUAUAACCAGAGAAGAUGCGUUGUGAGUGUCCAGAGUUCAGGCGUUGUUGCUUGUGCCUGCCGCUAAGAUUUGGACUCAUCGGAACCGCCUGGAUCAAAUUAGUGUUAGACGCUCUCUGUCUAAUGUACGUGGCGUUCGCGAUCCACGUCGACGGGCGCAGGCUGCCGGUGUUCCCCAUCGUAUUCCUGUCGGUCGCGACGGUAGUGGUGGUUCUAGAUGUGGGAUUCAAUGGGGUCCUGCUGCGGGGGUGUCAUAAGAAAGAUCCCGUGCUGCUGCGCCUGUUCUACCGCUAUAGCCUCUUCCUCCUGGGCCUCAAUAUCGCCUUCGUGCUGGCCAUCAUCAUCAUGGACAUCGUGAUCAGCGUCCAAUCGCCGUUCUUGUGGAUCGUCACGCUGUACACCUUCUUCACAUUUCUCGUGUUCUGCGUUUUGUCUAUCAUUAUCCACCUCUACCUGUCUAUUCUGGUGAGGAGUGAGGUACAGAAGUUGGAAGCCACAACACAAUUCCAGUUCACCAACACCGCAGCCGAGGCCGCUUGCACCAUGGCCCCUGGCUAUACGGACACAAAUCCAGCCGCAAACAGACCUGACAAUGUUUAGUAUUAAUUGAGCAGUAUUAUUGGAUAAGUUAAUUUUAUGAAUAAAUGACAAAAAUAUAUUG